GUGGAGCGAACCAGUCGUCCUGACCUGGCCUUGUUCCUCAUCAAGUACCUGAUGAUGCUGAUUGUUGGAAUCCCGUCUGUGUUCUGGGUGGGCAGCAAGAAGACCUGCUUCGAGUGGGCCAGUUUCUUCCACGGCAAGAGACGCAAAGACGGGAUGGUCAACGAGAGCCGACAGGUGCUGCAGGAGCCUGACUUCGCCCAGCUGCUGCUCCGGGACCCCAACACGCCCAUCGUGAGGAAGUCUCGGGGCACCUCCACCCAGGGCACGUCCACCCACGCCUCCUCCACCCACCUGGCCAUGCUGGACGAGCCUCCCAGCGGCAGCACCAGCCGGGCCGGCUCGGUUCGCAGCGCUCGCUCCAAGAUGAGCAGCUACCACGGCAGCCUGCACAGAUCCAGAGACGGCAGGUACACCGCCUCCAGCUUCCGGGCUGCAGACGACCGGCUGCCAUACGGGAGCAUGCCGCGCCUCAACGACCAAUCGCAGUCCAGACACUGCAGCACCAACCGCCUGGACAGCCUGUCGCGUCACGGCUCCACCCAGCGACUCGAGAGCCAGUCGAGGCACAGCAGCAUCAGAGACCUGAGUGCCACCACCCAGGCCGUCCUCGGAGUCCCUGGAAACGGGAUUCACCGAGUCCUGGAGGAGGACGGAGCGACAGCCUGAACUGCUUUAAGACGCUCGGCAGGCGGAGGCGGGAAGCUGACUUCUCUGUCUUUUUCUAGAAAGUUACAGAAUGUGUGAGGACACCUGACAGAACACUGAGUAUGAGCCACUGUGCUGUCAGUGACGGAGCCUGAGGAGGGAAAAUUCAACCAAACUGAGGGCUACAAAUUUUGCCUUAAAAUCUCCUCUCAGCUUCAAACCCGUUUGAGCGCAGCUACGAUGGAUUUUGCGUCCUGAUGGCGUCGUACAGAUGCCGAAACAAGGCUUCGCUUCUGAGCCAGUCGAGAACUAAAUGUGACCAACGCUGACAGACUGCACUAGAUUGUUCUUUUUUCGUACUGUACUUUGUAUAAAGGACUCUGAAUAGAAUUUGAAUGACGGAUACAAGACAUGAGAAGCUUUGUAGCAGUCAGGAGGGGGGAAGCAGGGUAUUUUUAACUAUUUUUCACCUCUGAUAUCUAUUACAAAGUUCUGGUAACUUAAGUCUGCGAAAACCCUUUCAUCCAUAAAGAUUUGAACAGUUUCACAUCCACAUUGAAACUCCUCUGGCGACCAGCGAGGCCGUACACGUCUCUUAAGCUUUACAGAAGCCUUGUCUCAUUUUUACGAACAUUUUCUUAAUAUUGAGGUGCUGUGUUGCACCUGCGCAAAUAUGUGUGAAUCUGUGGUUUGCAAUUUUGAAUGCAAAGGGCUGAAAUACAGGAAAAAAAAGCUAAAUCCAAACUCCUGCCUUAUGACUGUGUUCAGACAGAAUGCAAAGAGAAUUUAAGAGGCACAAUCUGUGUGCCUCAAGAGGCAACACAAAAUACAGAUAGGUUUGUGCUCGCUCAAUGAAAUGAAAUGUCACAAUGGGAGAACAAGGAAGAGACUGGAUGGGUGUGACUAAGAGCGAGAGUUUUAGUUGACUUUGGAGGCAGAGCUCAAUGUUAAGGCCGGUGUUGUACUUUUCAAGUACGUGAGGCUCCACAUGACAUAAGUUCUGUGGAGGUCCAUGUCUGGUCAAAGGUUUAAAAAGUUAGAAACUACAGAAAGUCUAAAACUUAGCUACAAGGGCAGUAAGCAUGUGUAAAUACAACCUACUGCACAUGUAUGGAAAAGCAGACUUCUAGCAAAGUAGUAUAAAGGCCAACUCAUGUUUUCUGUGACAUCAAUUCCAGCAUCUACCCAAGUUUACGAGGGUGGACGUCUGAAAUUUGUGACCGUGUUACUGCACAUAUUCCAGGAAAACAAUCGGUUCCCAGAAUGAAUGAUUGUUUUGAGAAGAGGCUGUGCGAGGACAUUCCACACCUUUUAUAACUAAUCAUUAAAAGAGUUAUAGUUGAAGAUCUCCCACGAUGGAGGUGCUUUGAUUUGUACAGAGCAACACCCAAGAAAGUUCUAAAAUCUCCAGAAGUCCAGUGCUAUGUCCACUGUGCUCAACACACCAGGAGUAAUGACAUUGACACGGUGGCCCAAUUGGCACCUAACUGGUAAAAAAAAAAAAAAAGAAAGUGUGAAAGUGCACAUUCGCAGCUUUUCAGAAACAUCCACAGAAGCCCAACAUGUUUUUUUCUGUUUUCAAUAUAAGAAGAAGUUUAACCGAAGUCUGCAUCGGUCUUCUGGAUACCAUAAAUAGACUUUUAUAGCAACAGGUACUCAUCCGUGGUGCCAUCACAGGAUAAAAGACUCAACGUUCUCCUACACGUCGUUGGCGUUUUGGCUACUUGGAGUCCAGAUGCAACGUUUCACUUUGCUUUCUGUCUGAACACAUCUUCACAGUCUGACCAGAUGUUAGAGCGCCCUUCAAUUAGAGUGAAAUUCAGUGUAGUUUGUCCUGUUUGCAGAUGUGUCCUUACUUGUAUAGCUGCUGUAAAUGUUAGACCGACAUUUCCUCUAGUGGCAAAAAUAUGUUCAUAGAUGUAAAAACUGAGCUUCUGUUGUUAAUUUGUAAUAAAGUUUUUUUUAAGGAAC